CCUUUCUCAAAUCCCAGAAACAUCACACACACAGCUUCGUCAUCAUCAUCAUAUCACAACUCAAACAGGAGAGAGAAAGUGUGAAAAAAAAAACCUUUUUUUAGAGAGAGAAACAAAGCUUAGCCCUAGAAAAAUAUGCAACGAGAUAAGGACUUUUGCAGCUGAGACACUGCAACUGCAAGAGUUAGAGAGAGAAAAGACUAUUAUUAUUAUUACUAUUUUUAUUUCAAUUUUCAAUUUUUAAGCUUUUUUUUUUUUAUGUAUAUAUUUAUUUUGCCUUCUUUGUUGUUCUCCAUUGUUGUGGAGAAAUUUGCUUCUUUGCACUGACAGUGGUUCUUUCUCUCACCUCUUUCUCUGUGUAACUCUGCCACCUCUCUUCAUUUCCCCAAGAGAGGAAAAAAAAGACUGUUGAACUUUUUUCAACUCAAUCAAUCACUAGCUUCCAUUUCUUCACGAGUGGGACUGUGAAUGUGCACCACAGCUUUUUGAUCUUGUUCCUCAAAUGUUAAGCUAGGUGAUAAGUUUAGGUGUGUAUUGGAGUUUCAAAGUUUAUUGUGAAAGAUUCUGAAGGCAUUUGAAGUAAAUGCAUGGAUCGUGGGGACCAAAUGGCGCUAUCUGGGUCUUACUACAUGCAGCAAAGAGGAAUACCUGGAUCUGGAGCACAACCCGAGUUACAUGUUUCACCUAAUAUUCGUCCACUGUCUAAUCCGAAUCUACCAUUUCAAUCCAGCAUUGGUGGUGGUAACAUUGGAUCCACAUUGCCAUUGGAAUCUUCGGCAAUUUCGUCUCAUGGUAUCAAUGUUGGAGCUCCUACUGGGGCUCCUCCUGGGGAACCUGUCAAGAGGAAGAGAGGAAGGCCUAGGAAGUAUGGCACUGAUGGAAGUGUGUCCUUGGCAUUGACUCCAACUCCAACAUCAUCUAGUCAUCAUGGAGCCUUUUCACAAAACCAGAAACGGGGCAGGGGGCGCCCACCUGGGACUGGGAAGAAACAGCAAUUGGCUUCUCUUGGUGAGUUGAUGUCUGGUUCAGCUGGGAUGGGAUUCACUCCUCAUAUCAUCAACAUUGCCAGUGGAGAAGACAUUGCAACAAAAAUCAUGGCAUUUUCUCAGCAGGGACCUAGAGCUGUAUGCAUUUUGUCAGCCAAUGGUGCUGUCUCAACUGUUACACUUCGUCAGCCAUCAACUUCAGGCGGCACUGUAACAUAUGAGGGGCGCUUUGAGAUAGUGUGCCUGUCAGGCUCUUACUUGGUCACUGAUAGUGGCGGCUCACGCAAUCGAACUGGUGGACUAAGUGUGUCCCUUGCUAGUCCUGAUGGUCGUGUCAUUGGUGGUGGAGUUGGUGGUGUGCUUAUUGCAUCAAGUCCUGUUCAGGUGGUAGUUGGGAGCUUUGUAUGGGGAGGAUCAAAGACAAAGAACAAGAAAAAGGAAGGAUCAGAAGGUGCAGAAGUUGCUGUGGAGUCAGAUCACCAGGCAGUAGUUCAUAAUCCAGUGGCACUGAACAGCAUCUCACCAAAUCAAAAUCUUACUCCAUCCCCAUCUUUGAGUCCUUGGUCGGCAUCGCGACCGUUGGAUAUGCGUAAUUCCCAUGUUGACAUUGAUUUGAUGCGUGGUUGACACUUCAUUCAAUACACACACUAGUGCUGUGUAUAUAUGUUUCAGAUUCAUCUAAUUUUGUUGUAGUAGUAAUGACAGAAUGGAAGUAAGUACCAACAGCAGAGUAGAGCCAGCUGACUUUUGCAAUUGAUAAAUUUCAUCACUUAUCCAUCCACCCAUGAUUAUUCACUUGGGGUUGUACUCAUAUUUUUGUAGCUGUGAGGAAUUUUAAUUUGGAGAUUGUAUGUUCCUGAUUGAUUGGUAAUGAUACAUUUUAUGUCCUACUUGGAAAAAUAAUUGACAUGGGGCUAGGUGUUUUUA